CAUAUAUGUUCGCCGCCAUUUCUUCCUUGCGGCUUCCGUGCUUCGCGAGAACUAAUUUUGGAUACAGUCGCUAACGAUAACGAAAGCUUCUUCACCUCCUUCGCCGACGACGUUGUUCCUGUCGGAUUGAAAGUCACGACGGAGGAUUUAACCCAAAUCUGGCGUAAAUCCGGCAUCGUUAAGAUUGCUAUUCAGCCUAUUCUUGAAGUAGCAUCGAUCAAAAUUUCAUAGCUGGAGAACUUUUCUGGAAGUAAAAAGAAUAAGAGAGCGCCGUAGACGGAUGGAAGCGCUCAGAGCCAGUUAUGGCUCGGAGUCGGACUCAGAUGAUUCCCGUGGAUCAAGCGAGAGAACGAGCACUGCUCCGAGGCUGACCCCAAAACCUAAGGAGUCUAUCUGCCUGCCUCCGCCUCCCAUUGACCUACUACAACCCCAAAAUUCUUUGGAUUUUACAAGUUGCCAAGGGAACCGUGUCAGGAGCUUCCCACAUAUUCAAGGAAACUAUGCACUACAUAUUUUCAUCCCAGUUCGGAUACCAUCUAUGACAAGGAAGCAGCUGAGUUCAUCUAUGAAGAUAAUUUCAUCUCUUGUAUCGGACCUUUAUGUUAUUGACGUAGAUAUUGCGCUUAAUGAGUUGUGCAAAGAUGAUGAAAAGUUUGAACAACUAAUUUUAGGAAAGGAAUUUCAUAUUAGUUUGGGGAGACCUGUUCCUAUUAAAGUUCAUCAAAUUGACUCAAUUGUGGCCAUGCUUCGUCAAAGGUUGCAGUUUCAGAGAAGAUACUGGAUGGAAUUCAAUAAAUGGGAAGCUUUUGUCAAUGAUGAACUUACACGGUCAUUUCUUUCAUUGGAAGUUACUGGGGGAGGUUUAUUAGAGAUUACUAGGCAGAUUUGUAUUGUUGAUGAGAUCUACAGGUUGCAUGGUCUACCCGAAUUUUAUAAGAAUCCACGGCCCCAUAUAUCACUAGCAUGGGCAUUAGGUGAUGUGAGCAAUUUGCUGAAACCAGCAGCGGAAGAGCUCAAUAAGUUGAGAAACAGAGCAAGCCCAUCCGGAAGACAUGUUUUUACUUGCAAGUUCAGCGGCAUUGAAUGCAGAAUUGGUAAAAAGUCUUAUACUAUCUGUAAGUUAGCUGAUUAAUAUGAAUUUUGAAGUACAUGAUCUGUAUGUGCUUAGCACAUGCACUUAAAUUUUUUGAAAUUAUUAUGUUAGUGUGUAAGUUAUAGGUAUUUGGUCUCUCUUUUGUGGGAGAGAAAUAGCAGAACACUGCAUACAUGCGAACAAUAAUGUAAGCGAGUAAAUGGAUGUACAUAUAGGAUAUUUUCUGACAUUUUUAGUAUUAUAUGGUGAAUUGUUUGCAGUUGGUUUAGUGAAGUA